AUGAACGUCGCCCCGGGCAUCGCGCAGUUCGGACUCGUGAUCGCAGGCCGCCCCGUCAUCACCGACUUCCGGGAGAUCGGGCCGGCGCACUAUGUAGUGGACAUCGUGGAGCCUACGCAGGUGACGGAUCUCACGUUCUUCCUGCUGCCGGGCUCCCCCGUGCCCCCAGGCUUCGGAGCCGUGCUGUACUUCGCCGUGCCUGCGCUGCAGAACUGGCAGCUGCUGGGCACCGUGUUCACCGAGAAGCCGAGCGCCAUCUUCCGCACGUCGUGGCCGACCCACCCGGACGUGGUGGGCCAGCCCGUUCUGCAGCUUGGCGUGUCCAUCGAGAGUCUGGACAACGUCAAGAACUUGGGCAUCGAGGCCAGCGGCCUGGAGGAGCGCAAGGCGUUCGCGCUCAAGAUCGCCCAGGACCUAUUUAACUACCUCAGUUCCUUCUCCACGAGCACCAACCAGAGCUACAUGACCAUCCCCACGAACCUGCUGGACAAGUGGAUGGAGCGGUUCGAGGCCAAAUACCGGCGCGACCCGAAUUUCAUGAUGAAGAUUCAGUAG